AUGGGUGGAACAGUGGUAGAUGGACCGUCGGUCACGAUGAGCUUUGCCAACAACUUCUGGGGCAAAGAUGACGCUGGAGUCGACCCUUUGCUUCAGCGAAUGCAUAAUGCAAAGCAAACCUGUGACGAAUUGAAGUCAUUCUACACUGCUCGUGCUGCAAUCGAGGAUGAGUAUGCCCGAAAAUUACUUUCUCUGUCGCGCAAACCAUUGGGAUCCCAGGAGUCUGGAACACUUCGAGCUUCGUUAGAUGUCCUUCGAGGGGAGGUUGAGGCAAUGGGAAAGUCACAUCAGAGUAUUGCUGGUCAAAUGAAGACAGAACUCGAGGAGCCGCUGGCGGCAUUUGCAGGUGCUAUGAAAGAGCGUAGAAAGAUUGUACAAGGUGGCAUUGAAAAGCUAUUGAAAGUUAAGGUCCAGCAGACUCAGAGUGUCAAUAAGACUCGAGACAGAUAUGAGCAAGAAUGCUUGAAGAUCAAGGGAUAUCUCGCACAAGGUCAUAUGGUCAUGGGCCAAGAAGAGCGGAAGAACAAGGCGAAGCUAGAAAAGACUCAGAUCAACCUCGCGACGUCGAAUACCGAGUACGAAAAUGCAGUCAAGGCACUCGAGGAGACAACCGUCAGAUGGAACAGAGACUGGAAGGCUGCCGCAGACAAAUUUCAAGACUUGGAAGAAGAGCGAUUGGACUUCAUAAAAAGCAGUCUGUGGAGCUUUGCGAAUAUUGCUUCGACCGUAUGUGUCAGCGAUGAUGCCUCCUGCGAGAAAGUCCGACUAUCACUUGAGAAUUGCGAGGUCGAAAAAGAUAUUGCUUCUUUCAUUAAAGACCGAGGAACUGGCCAAGAGAUUCCGGAUGCACCGAAGUAUAUCAACUUCUGCCGAGGAGAUGUCAGUGAUACACAAUCUGAAGUAUCGGAGGACGAAAGCUACUCUGUUGCCCAAUUCCCACGCACAAUAAAUCCUGCAUAUCGAAGUUCAUCCCCACAACCAUCCACUUACGAAUCGCACCAUGAUCCUCAUUCUCUUAUUGCCCGAGAAUUAGGUCACGAUCCUGGAACUCCACCAAGCCGUGAAGCCACCAUGACACCCCAAAAAGGUCUGGCGGACAGAUCAAAGCACGCCCGAGUUGAGGAUUAUCAGGCCCCACCUCCAAGACAAGACAGUGAAGAACCACCACAAUCUUCAAGACAGCCUCAGCUAGAGUAUGAGGCCAAGCCAAGACAACCACAACUUGACUACGAGCGCCCCCAGUCCCGACAACAGCAGAAUGGUGGUCAAUUACAGGCGAGACAGCCACAAUCAUCUCACCAGAAUAAGCAGUCUCGACAACCCCAACUGGACUACCAGCCUCAGUCUAGGCAAGCACCUCAACAAAGACAGGCCCAACUUGGUCAAGCUCAGCCCGGUAGAAUAUCUUACGAACAGGCACAACAUGGACCUUUGGCUCCUGUUCCUCAUGAUCCAUACCCAAUGGACGGAAUGACUAUGUUGUGUCGGACAGGCCCGCCCUCUGAGAGAAGUUCAGCACACAGUCCAGUCAGACCAUCGAGCGCAGACUCGGCCAGCGAAUACUCCAAUCCAACCUCAUUCUCGAGCCAAGAGCCUCCAAGCGGAAAGACUUCACCAACUAAGCAAGUAGCACCGCCUCCGGAGAAACAAGUCUUGAAGAAAAAAAGUGGUUUCUUCCAGAGUCACAGCCCUUUCAGACGCAAGAGCAACAAAGAGAAAGAUAGCGCCAUGACUCCGUCCAGUCGCAAUACUUGGUCGGCUAGUCGCACAACGAAUCAAUCGACACCGUCCAGGCGACCUCAACUGUAUGGUCAAGACUCUCAGAAUAUGAUCAGCGACAGACCUAGCGGUAGUCCUGAGCCAAUUGAUCCCCGUGCGAGUUUUCAACUGAACGUAGGUAACAACGUCUUCGACGUCGCGACACCAGAGGCAAAGAAAAAAUCUCAGAACGAUUUUGCCCAGCAGGAGGAGAAUCUAGAUCCGAUUGCACAGGCUCUUGCUGAGUUGAAAGGUGUUACGAAAGCAUCGUCAACCCGAGUAUCUGCAGAUAACUAUCAUGGAGUUCCUACACCAGCUCCAGGAUCCGCCCCAGCCUCAAGGCCAGGAGCAGCUCUUGUUGCCAAUGGGGCCUUGAUGGCAGGAAUGCGUGGUACUCCCCCACCAUCUUAUGACCAACCAGUCUCGAGGCUCGGAGCCCCACAACCAGCCUUCACAUCCAAGGCAAUGCAACAAACUCGACAGAAGUAUGUUGAUCAAACUCAAAACAUGUUCAACUCGCAAGCUAGACCAGGCUCACAGGCUGGAGGUUAUGGUUCAGGAUCGCACUCUCGCCCAGGGACCAGAGGAAGUGAUAUGCCACGAGCUACUUCCCCUGCUCCUCCACGAAGUGUGUCGCCUAGGCCAAACAUGCAAGUAGACAGUAGGCAAACAUAUCGAUCAGUAUCUCCCAACCCAUACGGUGGUAGCCAGCGUAAUCGUGCUCAAUCAGCUGCACCUCAAAAUCGUGGUUCAGAUCAGGCAUAUUACCGCCACAACUCGCCUGGUGAUGUCGCUCGUGCUGUGUCACCAGCUCCAUUCCGCGAACAGGAGAGGCCGAGCAGUAGCCAUGUAGGGAAUGACAUGUCUAUGCAAAUGCAACUUGCUCCCGCUGGUGAUGAGGGCUAUGGUUCGCAAAACGGACGAGGAAGCCGAGCUGGUGGUUCUGCUAGUUCUCGGGCAAUGAGUUAUUACGGCGGCAGUCAAGGAGAACAACAGCUCGCUGCCCGCAGCCGGAGCAAGAGUGUUGCGGAUGUGAGACAAUUCAGUAGAGAUGGACGACCUAUAAUGCAUUUUGCUCGUGCUAUGUAUAUGUACCAAGCUGCAAUUCCAGAAGAAUUGAGCUUUGCGAAAGGAGAUAUUCUUGCAGUGCUCAGACUUCAAGAUGACGGUUGGUGGGAAGCUGAGGUAACAGGAAAGAAUGGAAGACCUGGUCUAGUACCAAGCAACUACCUUCAGAACUGUUGA